GUGGGUGCAGAGGAGCUACUAUCAAAAUACCACAGCUCAGUAAUGGCAGCCACCAUGGAGACCUUGAAAACUUUGGCGACCUCUACUCCUUUACGAGGAACAGGUGAUGGGAUGGAAACAGAAGCACCUUUGAAAUCUGAGGUUAAUUCACCUCACACUAAGGCAACUCAGAGCCCAAGAAAGAAAAGCACGGUUUCACCAUCACUAAGCCCAGGGGUGCUUCAGCUGGGAAAAAUGCAAAGCGACAAAGCUGUUGAAAUCGAAGCUAUUCGGAUUCUAAUACCAAAAGCAGCUAUUACACAUACAGCAACGACCAAGAAUUCUAAACACCUAGAAUCAAAUGGACACAGCUCAACAGAACUAGCAGAGAGCGUCACUGAUCCAUGGAAACAACUGUCUGAACUUAAAAGCACCCUAGAAAAGUUAAAGAAUUCAGAGAGGAGAUUAUUGCAAGACAAAGAAGGUCUUGCCAACCAGCUAAAAGUGCAGACUGAGGUAAAUCGGGAAUUGAAAAAAUUGCUUGUGGCCUCUGUAGGAGAUGAUCUGCAGUAUCACUUUGAGCGUAUGGCUCGCGAGAAGAACCAGCUUAUCUUAGAAAAUGAGGUUUUGAGCCAGAAUACUGCUCAACUCUCAGAGCAGCUUGAACGCAUGUCUAUACAGUGUGACGUGUGGCGCAGCAAGUUCCUUGCAAGUCGAGUAAUGGCGGAUGAACUAACCAACAUAAGGACAAAUCUGCAGCGACAAAACAGAGAUGCCCAAAGUGCCCUCCAGGAUUUGCUGAGUGAAAGGGAACAGUUCCGCCAUGAAAUGUCUGAAACACAAAAAACCUUGGAAGCGCUGUUGGUCUCUCUGCAGUGGGGAAGACAAAAAACAUACGCACCGAUUCCUCAACCUCACACAACUACAGAACUUAUUGCAGCAAACCUCAAACUGGCAAAAUCUAUACAGUCCCACCUUAUUGGAAAUACUGGAUCCGACCACCAAAAACCAGCCGCAAAGCCGAUAGAGUAUUGCAGCACUCCUGCAGAAAAUAUGGCUGAAACGGUGUUGAAAGCUUUGGACCCAGUUUCCUGCACUGAUAAUUCAUCAGACAUCUCAUUAUCAGAUUCUUCACCCUUUCUAUUAGCAAAGAAAAAUAUUGGCAGGUUUCACCCGUACACCAGAUACGAAAAUAUAACAUUCAACUGCUGUAAUCAAUGCAGAGGAGAACUGAUCGCUGUAUAACAACAUUUGUACUUACUCUCCCUAUUUGCAAAUGCAGUAUUCCGAAUGCUGUGGGCUUAUACAUGCCAUUCUUAAGAUGCAUAGCAGAGCAAUAUUUUUUAAUCCAAAGACUUGACCUCAAUGAAUAAUUAAAAGAAAAUGUAUUUUAGAGCGGAGAUCUAUCCUAUAAUGUUUUAUAAUAAAUUAUUUGAUAAUGAUCCUGGUAUAACAUAAACCAUAAAAGGUUUACAAACAGUGCAAUAGUCAACUUUGGGCAGGUUUAUUUAUUCUCUGAGAGUGUUUUUCUAUACUGGAGCAUGUUACAGUGUUAAUUACUAAGCUUGGUUAAGCUUAACUUUGGAUUCUGUUACGAUGACAUGUUCAAAAAAUAAAACACAUACAAACAUA